AUGGCUUGUAGUAAUACAAAGGAAAAUAAUACUAAAGAAUAUAAUAAUUUUUUAGCAGCUUAUCAAGAAUUAAAAUUUUCUAAAUCAGAUGAAGAUCCAUUUAAAAUUUUGAACGUUGAACGUCGUUGCCUUGGUAUGAAAUAUUUAGCAGCAAAAAGAUCAGGUUUUGAGGAUGUUGCGAUGUGUCUUUUAGAAAAAGGCCUAAAAGAAUGUCAACAUCAAAUAGAAAAGAGCGGGGAUUAUUGGAAUUCAAUUGAAGAAAACAUUGUUGAAAGUGUUAAUGAUCCUUCACAAUGGAAAUCAGGAUUAAACGAUGUACAAACAGCAAUUGAUUUGAUAGAAUGUUUACCAUGUCAAGAUGAAAAUACUUUAGCAUGCAAAGAAAAGAUAAUUAAUGAUGGACAUAUUAAAGAUAUUGUUGAUAUGUGGAAGACACAAGAUACAAGAAAAAGAAAAUGUAGUAUCCAAAGACGUCCUCCUCAAUUUGAAACAAUUAAAGCAAAUGAUAAUAAAAUUGCUCUUGUCAAUAAAAGUUCCACAUGUAAUCAAAGCAAACCCAUAGAAUGUAAUAAGAAGGAAUUAGCAGGUUUAAAAAAUGGGCUUUCUUUAUUCAAAACUGCCAGAGAUGAAUUGAAUAUUCAACAAAAUUCAAAGAAUAGGCAGCCAGCACAAAAGAAGACAUUAGGUGGUAAAUCUUCAGUUAAAUCUCCAUUUGUGUGUCCUUUUAAACGUGAGGAAAAUAAAGUAAUGCAGUAUCAAAAUAAUAAAAUAGAAAAUGAAAGUGAUUCAGCAGAUGUAGAAGAUGAAAGGUUGAAAAACAUUGAUCCGAAGUUGAUAGAGUUAAUAAAAAAUGAAAUCAUGGAUUUACGAACAUCAGUUUCUUGGGAUGACAUAGCAGGACUUGAAUAUGCUAAGAAAAUGAUUCAAGAAGUCAUUGUAUUUCCUAUGUUGAGGCCUGACAUUUUCACCGGUCUACGUAGGCCACCAAGAGGAAUUUUAUUAUUUGGACCACCUGGUACAGGAAAAACAUUGAUUGGAAGAUGUAUCGCAGUGCAAAGUAAAUCAACAUUUUUUUCUAUAUCUGCGAGCUCCUUGACCUCCAAGUGGAUAGGGGAAGGAGAAAAAAUGGUUAGAGCAUUAUUUGCUGUUGCUAGAGUUAAUCAACCUUCAGUUGUUUUUAUAGAUGAAAUAGACUCUUUGCUUUCUCAAAGAUCAGAGACCGAGCAUGAGAGUUCGAGAAGACUUAAAACUGAAUUUUUAGUACAACUGGAUGGAGCAGCAACUUCAGAAGAUGAUCGCAUUUUAAUCGUAGGUGCAACUAAUAGACCACAAGAAUUAGAUGAAGCAGCGCGUCGUCGUCUUGUUAAAAGGCUCUAUAUUCCAUUACCAGAGUUGCAAGCACGAAAACAAAUUAUACGCAAUUUAUUAUCAUCGGUAAAACACAAUGUAACAGAAGAAGAUAUUACUGAUGUUGCUCAACAAGCAGACGGUUAUUCAGGUGCCGAUAUGAAAACUUUAUGUACGGAAGCUAGUAUGGGACCAAUCAGAUGUAUUCCGUAUAAUUUGUUACAAGAAAUACCGUCUGAUGAGAUAGCACCAGUAACACUUCAGGAUUUUCAAGAAGCUCUACAAAAUGUUCGUCCUAGUGUUUCUCAAUCAGAUUUAGCUAUUUAUGUUAAUUGGGAUCGCACAUAUGGUACUGGUUCUUUACAGAACGUUAACAUUGCAAGGAUUCCACGAAAAGAGUCAUCGAGAGGAGAAACCCUCUACCAUACGUAGAAGUGAUCGUAAAACGUUAAUGGGUCGGCCACACGAUUUUACGAUGUUUCAUAGAAGAUGUAAAAAAGCUUAUGGAUAAAUCCUGAAUGUUCGCGGGACUUGAGAGCUGUACGACUUAAAACGAACAGUAUCAUCAUCAUCAUCAUCAUCAUCAUUCGAUUUAUUCCUUCGUUUGCGUGAAAUUUAUAUUUGAUUAAUGAUGAAGCAGUAGACUCUCCGAAUGUUUAUAAGGAUAAUAAAA